AUGAGUGAAAGCACAGACAACAAGAAACAGCUUGAAAAGCAAUUACGUAGUGCUUGUGAGUACGAUGAAAUUGAGAAAGUUCGGAAAUUAUUACACGAUGGAGUGGAUCCAAAUUCGUGUGAUGAACGAACUCCAUUAAUUAAAGCUGCACAAUGGGGAAAUUUAUCAAUUGUAAAAUUACUAGUUGAUGAGUUUGGAGCAAAUGUAAAUCAUCAAUCAUUGAUUGGUGUAAGUACUAUUUUGCAUGAUUUUGCAGAAUUGUUAAAAAUGCAAUUAGGAGGAGCUGACAAGACGAUUACGAACAAGGAUGGUCAAACAGCAGAAGAAAUUGCGAGAAAUAGAGGAAUCAAAGACGAAAUCUUGAAUUAUUUGCGUGAUUAUGGCCAAUAA